CCGUCAACAAGACAAGUGGCAUUCUUUUUACAAAUGUGGCGCUGCUGCUGUACGAAAGCAUCCAUAUUUUCUUUUCUUUUUUUUUUUCAUGUGUAUUAGUUGUUUUUGUCCUGAACACAGGUUGAUCAUGAUGAAAAGCACCACAACUGCUAAUUUAAUUCUACUGCUAAUUUCAGGAUUCUGCUCCUUUAAAGCGGCAUUUUGCAACUUCCACUACAUCUCGCUCCAGAGGACCCACGAAGAAGCAAAGGACUACUGCAGACGGAUACACACGGACCUCGCCACCGUCAACAACCUGACAGAUAUGAACGAUCUGAUCGCUUCGGUUCCAAACAACACCGUCAGAUCGUGGAUAGGACUUGAGUUGGGAGAUGUAUCGAGGUGGCACUGGGCUUGGCCUGAUCAAAAACUAGAUUUCUUUAACUGGAAGUUGGGAGAACCGCAGGGUUUGGGUCAACAUUCGUGUGUAGCUAUGGAUCCACAGGGAGAAUGGUUUGAAAGUGAGUGUGAAACCCAAAGGAGCUUUGUUUGUCACAACUACAUUUUUGUUGCCAACACUAAAUCAUGGAGAGACGCCCAAAAGCACUGCAGGGAUUUAUCUUUGGAUCUGGUCAGCGUAGGCUCAGCAGAUGAGAACAGGGAAGUCCGGAAUGUGUCCACAGCUCAAACCGUUUGGAUCGGCCUCUUCCGAGAUCCGUGGAGGUGGUCCGAUGGGAGCCGGUCGUCAUUCCGCUUCUGGAAACCACGGCAACCAAACUACCGCGAUCAGGAUUGUGUUGCUGCUAUAUUCAAAGACGAUGGCCGGUGGAAUGAUCUGAAAUGUAGCAGCCAACGCACCUUUGUCUGUCAAGGCCCGAGCAAAGUUCCAGCAAGCAGUCAGACAAGCACACAAGAGACGAUUGUCACAACGCCUUCAAGCAACUCAUCUUCAGAGGCGGUUCCAUUUAAUUCCACAGCAGCUAUGUCCAGCCAACAAUUCAGUACAGGUGGUGUCUCGGCAUUCACGACGCAGGCGGGGACACUAAACACAACACAAUCGUCCAGUGUAACAUCCUCUGGAAGUGGAACUCCUUGGACUUCAGGUACACUUGGAAACUUGAUAUUAAUUCGUGAAAACAAGACUUGGCUCGAGGCCUUGCGUUACUGCAGAGAGCACUACAUGGACCUUGUCUGCAUCACAGGGCAAAGCAUUCAGGAUCAAGUGGCUCGGAUGGCACAGAACGCCACAUCGUCCCAUAUUUGGCUUGGUCUGCGCUACACUUGCAACUUUGACCUUUGGUUCUGGAGCUGUUCGUCCGCUGACUGUUACCAGAACUGGGCGCCUGGGCAAGGACCAUCAGAGCGUGUGUAUGAAUGCGGACUAACUGGUGCCCUGGUGACCACAGGGGGGCAGCAAUGGGUGGGCUUGCCUGAGACACAGCAACUGAACUUUAUCUGCCAGGACUGUGCCGGAUAAGGAAGAUUUUGUGAGACGUGUGAGCUGGUUGUCCUAGUUUCGUUGUGCGACAUUCACAGGUUUCAUCUGUCUAUCGUUCUCUUGUCCCCCGAAACCAGCGCACUAGUGCGAGAGGAAACCCGAGGACUGCCUCCUCCAUUGUUCGAUGUGAAUGUCAUUAAAUAUGAAAACGCUGCGGUGCGCAGGCCAACACAUUCAUGAGCGCCGAGAGAGUGACAUGAGAACAUUGAUCCGCUGCUUUCACUCAGGGGUUAAUAUUUGCAUGUUGACCCCUGCUGCUUGAGCUGCAAGAUGCUCUUUUUAGGACCACCGUGGACUCGGUGCAGACGGCCUGCUGCCCGCACCCCCCUCCUCCCCCACCAAAACUGACCUUGUCCGCAGCGCUGAGGUCUACGGCGACCGCUUAUAACCGUGGGAAUAAGUUCACGAUAUUCUAAACUGCUGAUCAUUCAACUGUGAAAAAUGAAAGAAUCAAUAAGACCGAAUAAAAGAAAUACAUUCCAUUAAAUAAUGAA